GGUUACGAGUUUACAAGUUUCCUGAAACCUUGUCAUGAUUCCACUGCGCAAUCGUAGCUGAUAAGAGAAAAUAAGAUUUACCAGCAUUGAAAGUUCAGUCUGAAUUCGAUCAACAUUUCAUUGGUAUUGUGGAAAGUCUUUUGCACGAACUUAAGUUCUUCUUCCGGUUCUUUUCUGUUAUUUUUCGUAUAUUUUUUGUAUAUCGUACUGUUCUUGAUGAACAGAAAGAGAAAUUUGAAAUAGAAGUAGAUGCCGUAACUCCGGAAGUAGCCAAGGCUACCGAAGGGCUGAAUAGCCAAUCAACGAAGAAUUUUCCGCGGAAACAAAUGAAAAACUUGUGAUUCAAAGUGAUUGAGGAUUUCCUGCACAGAUGGCAACCGUUUUAGCUACGUUUUCGGUCCUCAAGGACCAUGUCAAGUUGAAGAUUUCACAGGACUCAGUGGCCAUUGAUAAUAUAGUUUUCAAGCUACACUACAGAGUCACGUUUUUGAUACUCUUGGCCAGUACGUUGAUGGUGACAGCUAAACAAUUUAUCGGAGAACAUAUCAGGUGUAUCGGUGGACAUGGAAUGAGCGAUGAUGUACUAAAAGUAAUCAACACCUAUUGCUUUUUUACGUCUACUUACACUGUGUCGAAACACUUGAACGCAACACCGGUGUUGUUAGGCGAAAUCCCGCAUCCUGGCGUGGGACCAGCGACCAAAGAAGACUCCCUGGUGCACCAUGCUUACUACCAGUGGGUGCCCUUCGUUCUGUUUUUUCAGGCACUCUUCUUUUACGCGCCUCACUACCUGUGGCGGAAUGUUGAAGGAGGUCGGUUAAAAGUGUUGGUAUCUGGGCUACACAUGGCGUCGUUGGCUUUGCGUGAGACAUCUUUGACAACUGAGAACGGUAUAACCGUUCCGUCGAUACAUGACCGUGACGAGAAAAUACGUCAGAUUCGACAUGCUUUUCUGAACCGUAUCCAUUUGAAUCGACCGUGGGCAUACUACAUGGGCCUCUGCGAGGUUCUCAACUUCAUCAACGUCCUCAUGCAAAUUUAUUUAACCGAUUGGUUCCUCGGCGGUGCUUUCCUCGGUCUUGGCCAAGCUGUAGCGCGCAAUGGCUUGGAUGGGGAAGUCGACGCGCUCGACAUCGUCUUUCCUAAAGUGACGAAAUGUACUUUCCACAAAUUUGGUCCAUCGGGUACCAUACAAAACCACGAUGCGCUAUGUGUCAUGGCGUUGAACAUCGUUAACGAGAAGAUCUAUAUCUUCCUCUGGUAUUGGUACAUCAUUCUGUCGGUGAUAACCGGUUUAGGACUGCUUUGGAGGUUACUGACUAUGGUCUUGCACGCCAGGAGCGUAACAUUCAACAAGUUGGUCUUCGCCAUGGCUUGUCCCGGGAGAUAUAAUCCGUGGAACGUGUUGGCAGUUACUAACGAAUGCCACUACGGAGACUGGGUGUUUCUUUAUUAUAUAGCAAAGAACCUAGAUAACUACGUGUUCAAGGAAUUGUUGCAGAAACUUGCCGAGGACCUGCAAGAAAGACGUCAGAUUCAACCUCAUCUCUUUAGCGAAGAGAAACCGUUAACUAGCUGAGUUUCAGUCUUAUCUUACUGAUAUCAUCUUAUGAGUAAUAUGAUUAUUCCAAAUAAUUCACAAGAAAACUGACUCAGACAAGCUGGAGGAAAAUUAAAGAAGUCAAAUUACCAAAAAAAAGCUAUUGUUAUAUCAAUGCAAUAGAACUCCCAUAUUACUUAUGGAAUGAUUUGAUUAUAGAUAUUUGAUAUAGAAGCAUAGAGGAGCUUGCAUUUUAAUGACAGUGUAUUGAAUAUAGGAUUAAUUUUUAAAUUUUCCAUGUCUUUAACCUGAUGCCUUAUAUUAUAAUAUAAAGAUAUACUUGCAUUACGAGUUGAUGGUACAAACGUGAUACAUGCGAAUUAGAUUUAAUGAUAGUUAUCGUUAUACAAUAUAUAUCAUAUUUAUAUACUUUGCUAUGACAAGAAGAAAUACUGCUUAUUUGUAAUAUUGUUCAAUGUAAACUAAGUACAAGAGUAUUCGAGUUGUGAAUCUUUUAGCUGUUGCAGAUUUAGUAAAAGUAACGUUAUAAAUAAAUACAAAAUUGGUACACGUUAAA